GUCCAUUCUUAGUCUACAAUUAGUUGAUAUUCUAAUCAGUCCACUCUUCCUAUUACAUUUAACCUAAUUCGAUUUGUGCUCAAUUACUUGACCUAAAUUGAGCAAUUAGGGCGAAUUUUGUUUCUUAUCAAAUAUUCUGUUUGAAUUUUGUUAGUUUGCACGUGUUAAGAUUAUUUCUGAAUGUCGCAACCUCAAGAGGAGGUUUGCUGUUGAGUCGGCAAAUUAGGUUUUUGGCAGUCUCCUCCUGUUCAAUUUCCAUCUUCUGCUUGUUAUUUUGUGUCAGAGAUCGCGAGAUCGAAUCACAGGAAACAUGAACAGCAGCGGCUCGGCAGAGGGGACACAAAAUCAGGAGGGAGGGAGGCGGCUGUACAAUCCAUAUGAAGACCUGCAUGGCCCGGCAUUUGACAUCAGGCCUGUAAAAAGCCUCUAUCAAAUCCCCACAACUCCAGAGUUUCUUUUCCAAGAGGAGGCCGCCUUGAAGAGAAGAUCGUUUAGCGAUAACAUCACGUACUACACUGGUUCCGCUUAUUUAACGGGCGCCGUUUCAGGGGCCGCCGUGGGGUUGGUGGAAGGCCUGAAAGCCGCAGAAGCGGGAGAUUCCACGAAGCUUAGAAUUAACAGGGUUUUGAAUAGUUCUGGUCACACGGGUAGAAAGUUCGGCAACCGUUUGGGGGUAAUAGGACUUCUUUAUGCUGGACUGGAGAGUGGGAUUGUGGCGGCGCGAGGGACGGACGAUUCCAUUAACAGCGUCAUAGCCGGGCUGGGCACAGGGGCUCUUUUUAGGGCCGCCGCCGGUAUACGAUCCGCCGCCGUUGCUGGUGCCAUCGGAGGCCUCGCUGUCGGAGCUGUAGUCGCCGGCAAGCACGCCCUCAGGAGAUACGUGCCCAUAUGAACGUGUAACAAAAUAUUUUUGUUUAAGUGGAAAAACAAAGUGACAAAGCUUGGUAUGGAUCUAUAUUUACAAGGAUUAUUCCAAAUCAUGGAUAAGUCACUUGUGAUGUCCUAUUUGAUUUGUAGACAUGAUGAGAAAUCAUUUUUAUUUUUGGAGGCAGGCCUAUUUGAAAAGGACUUGUAACAAAGGCGAAUCAAUUUAUACUAAUUUGAGAGACAUUUUAGAUUGUGUAAUGGCUAAUUUUGAAUAGACGUUAUUGUAAAUCCCCAUCACAAGAAUGAUCCCUUCAGAUGGAUAAAUAUAUUUACAAGGUCCUUUUAGCACAUAGAAUGGCUUAUGCUUGUGCUCUCUGUCCUACAUUUUUGGUUUCAAAUCUCAUUUUAUUUCUAGACCUUAGUCUUUUUCAUAAGUUUGAUAAUGUGGUUGGAAUCACAUUUCUUAUUGUAUAGAAAAACCGCUUUUGUAAAAUUAAGUACACUUCUGAAUUUUUGUUUUAAUGUACAAUUAGAGUUUUAGUAA